AUGCCGCAUAUUGACAACGAUAUUAAGCUGGAUUUUAAGGACGUCUUGUUGCGUCCAAAACGCAGUACCAUCAAAAGCCGUGCUGACGUGGAUUUAGUCCGGGAAUUCAUUUUCCGGAACAGUGGCCAAACCUACAGAGGAAUCCCCAUUAUGGCUUCCAAUAUGGAUACUGUUGGAACAUUUGAGAUGGCUAUUCAACUUUCCAAGCAUGGAGUGUUUACUGUUAUCCACAAGCAUUAUUCCUUGGAGGCAUGGAAAGAAUUUGCUACAAAGAAUCCAGAAACUGUAAAUAAUAUUGCUGUCAGUUCUGGUAUGGCUGGUGGAGAUCUUGAGAAAUUGGAAAGCAUUGUAAAUGCAAUUCCAGACUUGCAUUACAUCUGUCUAGAUGUGGCAAAUGGAUACUCUGAAUAUUUUGUUCAGUUUGUUCGAGAUGUCCGUAAAAAAUUCCCCAAGCAUGUCAUUAUGGCUGGUAAUGUUGUGACAGGAGAGAUGGUUGAGGAGUUGAUCUUGUCAGGUGCUGACAUCAUAAAAGUAGGAAUUGGUCCUGGUUCUGUUUGUACCACAAGGAAGAAAACUGGCAUUGGUUAUCCCCAGCUGAGUGCUGUUAUCGAAUGUGCUGAUGCUGCUCAUGGUCUUGGAGGUCACAUUAUCUCUGAUGGUGGCUGUACAUGUCCAGGAGAUGUAGCAAAAGCUUUUGGUGCUGGAGCUGAUUUUGUCAUGGUUGGUGGUAUGUUGGCUGGCCACACAGAGUCCGGGGGAGAAAUGAUUGAAAGAAAUGGCAAGAAAUUUAAACUCUUUUAUGGCAUGAGCUCAGCAACAGCAAUGAAGAAGCAUGCUGGGAAGGUAGCUGAAUACAGAGCUUCAGAGGGAAAGUCUGUGGAGAUAGAAUAUCGUGGAGAUGUUCAGGGAACAAUUCUCGAUAUUCUAGGAGGUAUACGCUCGACUUGCACUUAUGUUGGGGCGUCAAAACUGAAGGAACUCAGCCGGCGUACAACAUUUAUUAGAGUUACGCAACAACUCAACGAAGUUUUCUCCCCUUUCACCAAAGCGCCUUGA